AUGGCUGCGUUUGGAUUCUUUCGUUACGUCUAUCUCAAGGCACUAGUAACAUUCAUCCGUUCCCUUGUAUUGCUACGGGACAGGCUAUCACCCCGAAUACCAGAUUCGACCAAAUGGCGCCAAAUCCGCAUCCCAACCCGUGAUCCUGGCCGGUUCAUCGAGGGCCGCGCGUAUGGGCCACAGCCCCAUACAUCCAAUGGAAAGCUCCCAGUUCUCAUCAAUUGGCAUGGCAGUGGUUUCAUGGUCCCCUUACUUGGCACCGACCACGCAUUCUGCUCUCGUGUUGCUCGCGAAACUGGCUUUCUCGUACUGGACGUGGAUUACCGCAAGGCUCCAGAAAGUCCAUAUCCGGGCCCUACCGACGAUGUGGAGGACACUCUAAGGUGGAUGGCGAGCGAGGACCAAAAGGAGUUGCUGGGCGCUGACCCCAAUCAAGUGGCCGUCUCCGGCUUCAGCGCGGGCGGCAAUCUUGCGCUCGUAGCUGCAUCGUCGGUGCGGCAUGAGGUCCAGGGGAUCAAUGUGCCUCUCGUCCUUGCGUUCUAUCCCGUGACUGAUAUUUCCAUCAACCCAGAUGAGAAGACGGUACCGAACCCGAUCACGCCCAUCCCGAAUUGGCUUGCCGGGCUUUUCAACGAUUGCUAUGCGCCAGACAAGACCGCCAGAACCAACCCGCGUGUCUCGCCAGGUCUGGCCGAUCCGUCUUCUUAUCCGGAUACUGUGCUCAUCAUAACUUGUGAGGGCGACAGCCUAUCCCCAGAAGGAAAUGAGUUAGCUGCUAGAAUCGAUGCUGCCGAUGACGGGAGAAGAACAGUCAUUCAUCGGUGUCUUCCAGGAGUUCCCCAUGGGUGGGAUAAAGCAUGCAAGGAGGGCACAAAUGGUUGGGCGCAGAGAGAAGUUGCGUAUUCUUUGGCAGUGGAAACUAUCAAGGAGACAUUGAGGACUCGAGGUUAA